AUGGCUUCGAAGCAUGAGCAAGUGAAGAUCAUAGAAGAAUGUAAAGUUGCACCACCAGAAGGGUCUCUUGCCUCCACCACCACCAUUGUUCCCCUCACUUACUUGGAUAUCCCAUGGUUCCUAUGCCAUCCGAUUAAGCGCAUCUUCUUCUAUGACUUCCCUCACUCCACCAACCACUUCCUUCAAUCAUCACUCCCUCCUCUCAAACACUCCCUCUCCCUUUCCCUCCAACACUUCUUUCCAUUCGCCUCCAACAUCAUCGUACCUCCCUCCCCGAGUGUCCCCUUCAUCCGUUUUCUUGACGGUCUUGACUCACUCUCUUUCACCAUUGCAGAGUCUAAAGCAGACUUUUCCUUACUUGUAUCUGAUUCGCCACAAGAUGUUCGGUUUCUACACCCUUUGGUCGCUUCCUUGCCUCCUAAGGUUACCAUGGAGGAUGGCACGCUUGUUAUGCCUCUCAUGGCCAUUCAAGUCACUGUUCUUCCAAACACUGCCUUCGCCAUUUCUCUAACAUUCAGCCAUCUCGCCGCCGAUGGCUACUCGCUUCAUCAUUUCAUCAAGUUUUGGGCCAAUCUUUGCAAGCAAAUAAUAACAAGAGGUAGUGGAACAAAUGAUGAAGAUGUUAAAGAAUCUAGUUUUUUGUCUCUUCCUUUUCAUGAUAGAGACAUAGUUAAGGACCCAAAAGGGCUUAAACAUGUUUACAUGGAAGAGGUAAGAGAUUUGCUGAGGAAGAACAACAACUUGAUGAAUUCUCAAGCCCCUGUCAAUAGUAACACCAUGGUACGUGCAACUCUUGUCCUAAACCAUAGUCAAGUUGAGAAACUCAAGAAAUGUGUGUCUCUUAAAGACCGUGACACCUAUGGUUCUAAUACGUUAUUACACAUGUCAACGUUUGUGGUCACGUGUUCCUUGAUUUGGGUUUGUAUGAUGCAAUCAGAAGAACAAACCGAAGGCAAUCAUCAUCAUACUAAGAAGAAUUUUGAUGAUGAAGUUUGCUAUUUCAUAAUUCUAGCUGAUUACCGUGGCCGUUCUGAGUUUUCAAUACCUUCAAAUUACUUUGGGAAUUGCUUAUUGUCUGGAUAUGUGAGACUCAAGAGGGGUGAGCUAGUUGGAGAAAAUAAUGGUGAUUGUUAUCAUGGGAUUUUUGAGGCAGCAAGUGGAAUUGACAGGGAGAUUAGAAAUCUGAGAAAUGAUGCAUUAACAAGGGUUGAAAGUUUUGUCUCAUAUGCUAGAGAAUUAAAUAAAUGUCGUAGUAUAACUGUGGUGGCAGGGUCUCCAAAAUUAGGAGUUUAUGAAACUGAUUUUGGGUGGGGAAAGCCUAAGAAAUCAGUAGCAGUUCAUGUUGAAUCAGCAGGAGCAUUUUCUCUUUCGGAUUGUAGGAACAACGAAGGAGCGGUUGAGAUUGGAAUUGCACUUGAGAGGAUCCGAAUGAAGAAAUUCAUCAAAAUUUUCGAACAACACCUCCAAAACAUCGAUCAUGAUUUCCCUACGUAG